AUGUCGUCGUCUUCCCACUCCACACCCGUCAAAUCCCCCAAACCACCCGCAAAAGCCCAAAAAUCAGGUCCGUCAUCCACGCCACUAUUCACGCCCACCAUGCAAGACAGACAAGCUCGGAACAAAAACCCGUAUUCCUCGUCUGAUGAUGAGGAUUCUCCUGACGAGGAUCAGGAUGAUCGGUAUGACUCCUCGUACGCCAAUACCCAACUCCGCCGAGACGCCGCUAUCAAACUCGACAACCCCGAGCUGGUCAUGAUGCUCGCGCAGUCUCGUAAUGAGAGCAUCCCAUCAACCCGCCGCUACCUCACCAAGUUAAUGGGUGGAUUCAUCACACAGCGUCAACUCGACGCCCAAGCUGCUGCCGCUGCCGUGAAGGUUCCUGAUCCUAAGCCGUCGACGUCGAGACCUACUAGUACGAGGAAGACAAUUUGA